AUGUCGAACUCGGGUCGGAAGGACUUUGACGUGAAGCACAUUUUGCGCCUCCGCUGGAAACUGUUCAGCCACCCGGCGGCCCCGGCCGGCGGCUGUUUGCAGCAGGACAGCAGCUUCGAGCACUGGGGGCCGAGCCAGAGCCGCUUGCUGAAGAGCCAGGAGAGAAGCAGCGGCGGCGCCUUCUGGAAGAAAGCUGCCUCCUCUUCGUCGCCUUCGUCGUCCUCGCCGCCGCCGCCGCCGCCUUGCGCUGCAUCCCCGCCGCCCCUCAACGGGACUUUGCUGCCCUCCACGCGGCUCCAUGGACUGGCCGAGCAGCAGCGGCGCCAGCCGGCCCCUCGCACCGCUUUCUACGUGGAGUCCCUGGAGGAGGGGGGUCCCGGCCGAGGCGGCCCGGGGGAGUUUACGCGCGAGCGGGAGAAGACGCUGGUGCUGCGCGAGGUCAAGGAAGAGCCGGCGGCGCCCUUUCUGGAGGGCGGAGGCCAGGCAACAGGUGAAGGGGCCGCGCACAGGUUGUCAGCAGUCAGCCAUUCCUUGACACCUCCGUGUGACAUGGACCCAAGUAGUUCCGAGGAGUUCUAUCAAGCUGUACACCAUGCCGAACAAACCUUCAGGAAGAUGGAAAGCUACCUGAAGCAACAGCAACUCUGUGAUGUUAUCCUGAUUGCUGGGAACCGUAAGAUACCUGCACAUAGACUUGUUCUCAGUUCUGUUUCUGAUUACUUUGCUGCCAUGUUUACAAGUGAUGUUUGUGAAGCCAAGCAAGAGGAGAUCAAAAUGGAAGGCAUUGACCCAAGUGCACUCUGGGAUCUUGUUCAGUUUGCAUACACAGGUUGCUUGGAACUUAAGGAAGAUACCAUUGAAAACCUCCUGGCAGCUGCGUGUCUCCUUCAGCUCCCUCAAGUAGUUGAAGUAUGCUGUCAUUUUCUCAUGAAGCUAUUACACCCAUCUAACUGUUUGGGAAUCCGGGCAUUUGCAGAUGCUCAAGGAUGCACAGAGCUGAUGAAAGUGGCUCACAGCUAUACCAUGGAAAACAUAAUGGAAGUUAUAAGAAAUCAAGAGUUUUUAUUGUUGCCAGCAGAGGAACUCCAUAAGCUUCUUGCGAGUGAUGAUGUGAAUGUUCCCGAUGAAGAGACCAUUUUCAAUGCCUUAAUGAAGUGGGUUAAGUAUGACAUGCAAAGGAGAUGCGACGACCUGAGUAUGUUACUUGCCUACAUCCGAUUACCACUUCUUCCACCACAGAUUUUAGCUGACCUAGAAAACCACACACUUUUUAAAGAUGACCUGGAGUGUCAGAAGCUGAUUCUGGAAGCCAUGAAAUACCACCUCUUGCCAGAAAGACGGACUCUUAUGCAAAGCCCAAGAACUAAACCAAGAAAAUCCACAGUUGGGACCCUGUAUGCAGUUGGAGGAAUGGACAACAACAAAGCAGGUGCUACAACCAUAGAGAAGUAUGAUCUCAGGACAAAUAUAUGGAUCCAAGCUGGAGUGAUGAACGGCAGAAGGCUGCAAUUUGGUGUAGCUGUCAUUGAUGACAAACUCUUUGUUAUCGGAGGCCGAGAUGGUUUAAAGACGUUAAACACAGUCGAAUGUUACAAUCCAAAGACAAAGGCAUGGACUGUUUUGCCUCCAAUGUCAACCCAUAGGCAUGGCUUAGGAGUUACUGUUCUCGAAGGGCCAAUUUAUGCAGUUGGAGGCCAUGAUGGUUGGAGCUAUCUGAACACCGUCGAGAGGUGGGACCCCCAAAAUCAGCAGUGGACUUUUGUAGCCAGCAUGUCUAUUGCCAGAAGCACAGUCGGUGUGGCAGCAUUAAAUGGCAAGUUAUAUUCAGUUGGUGGUCGAGAUGGAAGUUCUUGUUUGAGUUCUAUGGAGUAUUAUGAUCCCCACACAAACAAAUGGAACAUGUGUGCUCCAAUGUGUAAAAGGAGAGGAGGCGUUGGGGUGGCUACCUGUGACGGUUUCCUCUACGCAGUCGGAGGCCAUGACGCUCCUGCCUCUAACCACUGCUCCAGACUCCUGGACUAUGUUGAAAGGUAUGACCCCAAAACUGAUACUUGGACAAUGGUAGCUCCACUGAGCAUGCCCCGCGAUGCUGUUGGAGUGUGUAUCCUCGGUGAUAAAUUGUAUGCUGUAGGUGGAUAUGACGGGCAGACAUACCUGAACACCAUGGAGUCAUACGACCCCCAAACUAAUGAAUGGACACAGGUAAUGGCAUCUCUGAACAUCGGAAGAGCUGGGGCCUGUGUUGUAGUCAUAAAGCAGCCGUGAUUUUUGCCAGAGGUGGAUUUUAUUGACUUCUAGGUGGAUUUUUUCUGUCAGAGAAACAAGAAACAAAACUUUGUUGAGCAUAAGGAUCAAUAGAUACACUCGGCACUCUGUUGACCACAACUUGAAGAAGUUUAAAAUGGGGAGGAAAAAUAAUGAGGAUUUGAUGCCUUUUCCAGUCAUUACACACUGCUCAGUGGCUGAACAAGGAAAAAUCGACCCACCUGUUGUAGGAGCCCCACUAUGAACACAAAAGGGGCAAGUCAAGUUCAGCUACUCCUCUACAGGCUGUGUGAUGCAGACGUAGCAAACUAGCCAAUGUCCAAGACCAUCUCUUCAAAAGGACUGGAGCAGCUUAAUGAAUGGUUUUCAUAGCACUAGACAUUUUAACUCUGAAACCGUCAUAGCACACUGUCACUUUUUAAACCAUAGUUUUAUUAAAAGAAAAUGUAGGUAACUGA